AGGUCUGACAAGUCUUUCUCUAAAAAACUUAUUAGGCAAAUUGAAAAAAAAUUUGCCAGGGGGAUGAACAGGAUCCUUCGUGAACAACAAGAGGAAGUUCAAGCCUUCCAUAAAUACAAGGAGAGAGAAAGCGCGAAGCUGAAGAAAGAACAUAGGUUGCAAUCUGAUCUUAUUUGCACUGUACAUGAUAAUCCUUUGGUCAGGCUGGAUAUGCUGAAGAUGGUAGAUGAAGACUUUGCAAGGAAAAUGGAUGAACAUGAUAGGUGGAUGGACAAUCGCCAGAGAAAACUUGUGGUUAGACAUCAAGGUGUAAGGAAGGAGGAGGAGUGGAUGAAGGCACAUAUGUUGGAACAAGUGAAAUCUGGGCAAUUAUCCGAACCAUUGGUUGAGGAACCAUUGCUUGAUUCUGGAUUGGGGCAGGAUAAUAUGGACAUUUGUGAACAUAGUGGAGUUCAUGAUGUUAUGGGAAAUAAGGCUCCUAUGUCUGGGCCUUCAGAAACAGAGAAUGUGAAUGUGGUUAUGUCAGAACCAGCUCAACUGACAGUGCUGAAUGGAAUAAUGGCUGAAAUCCCAGCAAGAGAUCCAAAUGAUGUGGCACAAGGCCUGCCAAUUGGAACUGAUACUGCCACAGUGCAGUCCAGUGGCAGGAGUGCAGUCACCAGUGAGAGUGAUGUGAUGAAAGAUAAAGUCUUGGGAAGAGGAACAUGGGCUGGGUUUGAGCAGCACAGCAGGGCAGCCAAUUCCGACAGUGCAUGCCUAAUAUCUUCCACACAGCAGAAUCAGAUCAAUUUGCCUUCCUUACCUCAGUCUCGGACGAAUCUUGAGCAUGAUAUUUCUGUGUCAUCUCUUCAGGUUCCCUCCAUUGACCACAACGAGCCAACUGUAUCUGGUGCAGUGGGGAGUGAAGAGACACGUGGAUGUGAAGGGCACAGUUCUCCCCAACCAAUUGAGGUUGCAUUGCCGCAGCCAGCUGAUGCCACAUCCUUACAAGUCGAGCAGUCUAAUGAUAAUGUCACAGUCUCGCAGCUUGUUGUGCAGUCGCAGCCGCCCCAAUCGGAAGAUCCCUCGAUCUGUCACAAUCAGCCUAUCAGACAUUCAGAAAAGGAAAAUGAGCACGACCUAAGUAGAUGCAGUUCUCCCGAACAAACUGACAUGGCAACACAACAAGCAGUUGAGGUCAUACCUCCACGAACCGAGGAAUCUAACCAUUCGGUUUCACAACCUGUUCAGCUUGUUGUGCAGUUGCAGCCACCCCAAUCAGAAGAUCCCACGAUCUGUCAUAAUCAGCCUAUCAGACAUUCUGUUGUGGAAAGUGAGCAUGAACUAAGUAGAAGCAGUUCUUUCCAACAAAAUGACGUGGCAAUGCAACAAGCAGUUGAGGCCAUACCUCCACGAAUCGAGCAAUCCAAUCAUUCGGUUUCACAACCUGUUCAGCUUGUUGUGCAGUUGCAGUCACCCCAAUCGGAAGAUACUUUUUUCCCAACAAACUGA